AGUGCGGCCUUGUGCUGCCACGUGCGGUUGCCCGGUUGGUGUGUGACUGUGUAAUUUGCGUAGAGAUAUACGUAAUUUGCAUCAAUUCAGUUAUUUGUGUGCCAAUUCCUUUCAUAUUUCAGCACGGUAUUCUAUAUUUCACGGUAUUUCGGUAUUUCCAACCGUUUCUGUCAUCUGCAGAAAUCUUCAUCGCUACAUCCUCCCAAAGCAAGUCCACACCACGGCUAUACUGAUACCUAUCCUAAAUCCGUAACCCUGCUUAGUCACCCUGCUUAGUUCCCUUUACCCACAAAGAAGAAGAGAAGAAGAAGAAAGACUGUCAUCAAAAGAAGUUGGACGCAAGAGCCAAGUUGCUACGCGCCCUAACCCACAACAACAACAAAAACAACCUUUCAUAUUUUUAGAGAUUUAAGUUUCAGUUUAUCUGCACGUUCCCCUGAUCAUGUCGGAGCAGUAUUUUCCACGUGGUGGCAAGAUUAAGAGGAAGGCCACUGAUGCUGAAGAUAAGCAAGAUGAAGAGAAGCUGUUUGAUGAUCAGCCAAAGAAGAAAGCAAAGAAGCAGAAGGUGAAGCAAAAGAAAUUAAAAGGAGAAGCCAAAAAGACAAAUGGAACAGCUGAAGAUGAUUUCACCCAUGUGGAGCCUCUGAAGCAAGAUGACCUGGAGGCACAAAUGGUGCUGCUCGGGCGGGUGAAGCAGGUGGAGGAGUUCCACCUGCUGGUCAGCCUGCCCUGCCACCUGGUGGGCUCGGUGCCGAUCACCAACAUCUCCAGCACGUACAGCAGGCUCGUCGGCAGCCAGCAGGACGGCGAGUCGGCGCCGGCGCUGUCGGACCUCUUCACGACCGGCCAGUACGUCAGCUGCAUGGUGACCAAGGUGGACCAGUCCGGCCACAAGGUGCGCAACACGCUCUCCGUGAGGCCGGAGGACGUCAACAGCAGCCUGCCGGCCUCGGCGCUCGGCCCCGGACUGAUGCUGCAGUGUUCGGUGAAGAGCGAGGAGGACAAUGUGUUCGACAUCGACUGCGGCAUCGCCGGCACCCGCGCCGUCCUGCCCAAGUCGGCCCUUGGCACCGACCCGCCCGCGCUCGUGGCCGGCCAGGUGCUCUGGUGUCUGGUGGACUCCGUCCGCGCGGGGGACGGGCUCCACACGCUCACCCUGUCUGCCGACCCGGCGCGGCUGAACGGAGCUGAGCCCAGCGCCGAGUGCGGCCUCACGAGGCAGACGCUGCUGCCCGGCAUGAGGCUGCCCAUCACCGUGGCCAAGGUGCUACCGGGCGGACUGCAGGUGCGACUUCCAUUCGGCGUCACCGGACUCAUCUACAAAACCCAGCUGGACGAGCCGGCGGACUGUCCGGACGACUACAAUCCCGGCGCGGCGGCGCACGCUCGCAUUCUCUACACCCUACCCGUGCUGCGGCGCGUCUACCUGAGCCUCCGUCCGGCCGUGUGUCGCCUACCGGCCACCGAACCCGACACCGACCUUCUGACUGAAUCGGCCGGGGAGCGGCUGUCGGCCCAGGUGCUCGACUCGGACCAGCACGGUGUGCGUAUGGUGCUGGGUGACGGCGAUGAGGGAGGUGCCGUGGCGUACGCGCCCGUGUGGCACGCGCGGCGGGUGGGCGCCGGCCGCUGGCAGAGAGGGGAGAAGGCCUCCUGUACGCUGCUGGCCUAUGAUGCAAUGGAUGAGGUGUACAUCGCCUCCAUGAAAGGCGGCAAGGACGCGCCGAAGCAGGCGCCCAGUCUGGAGGUGGGCGCCAAGGUCACGUGUCGCGUGAAGGAGCUGCUGGACCAGGGCUGCAAGGUGGAGCUCGACGGCGGAGUGUUUGGCUUCAUACCCAACCACCACCUGACAAACGUGCCCGUCAAAAACCUGCAGACCAUGUUCCCAGUGGGAAAGAAACUCAAAUGCAAGGUGAUCCACUCGGACCCGGAGCGGCGCCGACUGGUCCUCACCCAUAACGCUCGGCUGGUCAACACGGGCAUCGGCCUGGCGGCGGACUCCGACCAGCUCAAACGGGGCAGCACACACCACUGGAUCGUCACCAAGGUGUUGGAGCGAGGUCUGAUCAUGACCGGCUACUCGGAUCUCAGCGGAUUCGUGCCGGCCGCGUUCGCCGGCUCCGCGCUCGACGACUUCUUCCCCGGACAGAUUGUACAGUGUUCGGUACACAAGGUGCGCCAGCCGUCGGCAGAUGGCGGCGGUGACCGUCGGGUGACGCUGUGCCCGGUCCGCGAGGCCGGCCAGCAGCCCUGGUGCGGCCGAGUGUGCACCGCUCGGGUGACGGGACGCGCGGCCGAUCGGCUCCUGGUGAUCACCGAGGACGGUCAGCGCGCCGAGCUGCCCGCAGGACACCUCACCGAUGUGCCCGAGCACGCCGCCGCGCAACUCGCCAGGUAUAAAACCGGCGACGAGAUCGAAGUUGUUGGCCUCGUUGCCGUGGGAAAGAAACUUGUCGUCUCUGCCAAACCUCUGUUCUUGGAGUAUGUUAAAAACAAGCGUUACCCGAGCUCCGCGGAGGAGGUGGUGGCCGGUGUGCGUGUACCCGGCUCGGUGAUCCACUCGGACGAGCGAGGAGUGGUGGUGGCCUUCCCGAGCCCCUACCCGGCGGGCACCUACCGGCUGAGACUGCAGGCCCUGUGUGACGGCUGGCAGCCGGACAUGUCCUCUCUGACCGGCCUCGAACACCGCACCAUCAUGCUGGAGGUGAUGCCGGCGCCUGCCGACAGCGAGUCCACCUUCGUCAGGCUCUCCGGCAGGAUCAACUACCGGGAGGAACAGGGCGGCUCGGUGUACCUGCGCCGGUGUCUGCGCGAGCUCUCCGAGCUGGUCCCACCGUCACCGGCCGCCGGGGACGCGGUCACCGGGCAGGUGAUGACCUGUGACCCGGCCGGGGUCACGGUGCGCCUGCCGGACGGCCGGGUGGGCGCGCUGCCCGGCGGAGAGGCGCGCGCGGUCGGUGACACGGUCAGCGCCACAGUGCUGCAGGUCACCCCGGCGGGCCACCUCAGUCUGGCGGCCGGCGAGCGGAUACUGCCCGCGGCGGUGCAGUCCGGCGUCACGGUUGGCCAUCGGUACACUGCCCGCGUGCUGGCGGCUCCGGCCGCCGGGUACCUUCUGACGGCGCUACUGCAGCCGCCGGCGCCGCCGCGGCUGGUGCAGCUGCCGGCACGGCUCGGCCUCAAUGACCUGACAGUGGGCCCGGCGCGACCCCAGCCAGGAGACACCCUCAACGUGCUCGUCAAAAGCUGCGAGGACGGCGUCAUUGUCGGUAUAGACUGUGACCGGAGAAACUUCCGUGACAGCGACGGGAAGACCACCAAGGACCGACCGCGCGACAAAAAUUGGCAAAAGAGGAACCGCUCCGGGCCCGGCGCGCGGCCGUCCCCGCGCCGUCCCCAGAGCGCCACCGCCAUCAGCUACAGCCGGUUCUCGCUGCAGGACGACAGCUAGUCCGUGGACAUGCUGCGUGGAGAGACGGGCUGGGUGUUAUGACAAUAUACGGCCGAUCGGGGCUAGUCAGUA